UUCAAAAGUGGGGAUUUGAUGCUUGCUGACUAUGCUAAGUGGAUUUCUUGAUUUCAUCUCAUUUUCUUGCUGAUAUAUAUCUUCUGACUGCUGAGAAGCCAUGAACUACUGCGUUUUAUUUCCUUCCUGCACAAAUUUCGUCUAGACUUUUCUUUGUGUGGUACAUGCUAGCUCGGUUCCUUCUAGGGUCAUUAUGUUCCCUGGGAGGGAUCAAUGCUACUCGUAGUUUCUUUGCAAUACUAUCUAGAGUGCCUUCAGAAUUUUUUCAGUUAUCCCCUGUGAUCUAGCCUUAGCCUGUCUUUUGUCGUCACCAAAAAUUAGAUACGUGUUCGAUGGGGCAGGGGUCUCGCUGAGAGGGAUAGCUGUUCACUAAUAUUAUGCUAUUCCGGACACACUUAGUACUGCAAUGUUGGCUGUGCUUUUAGUUUAUAAACUACCUGGAGCAUGCGAUGAACUACACUCCUUGAGAAUGGUUGAUUCCAUGACCAUAUUAGGACAAUUCAAGAAUUAUAACUUUGCUGAUGGGACCCACUUAAGCUCAUUUUGUGAACUUAACUAGAUAUAAGUUUUACUCCUACUAAUUAUGUUUAUUAGAAUUAUCAAAAAGUAAGGAUGCCUGAAGGACAUACUUCGAGGGACCAAGGUAUGCAGUUUGUGGAUUCAUUUUGUUUUGAUUGAAUUACUUGAUUGUGCAAAUUUAUAUUUUAAUAUCUAAAAUCUUGGCAUGCAUAAAAUAGAUGUUGCUUUCACUCUAAUGGAAGAAAUAAAUCUAAAUGCCAGACGUUCCAUUGGAUGUUUUAAGCAUGUGAUAAUAUAGUAUCAAUGUUAUUUUGUUGUGCACUUUUAUACUUCCAGAAUUAGUGAGAUUCGUUGAAUACGUUGAACUGUUUAAGGUACUAAACAUAGAAGGUACCAUUUACAUUUUCUCUUACUUUGCCAUAAUUGAAUAAUUAAGUGUGAAUUUAGUGUAUUAAUUUUCUAGGUUAUAUAAAUAUCUAUGAAAGAAAUAGCUAUACUACGAUUUUCUCAUGCGAUUGACCGCACAUUUCUUUAUGAUCCAGACAAUAGAAAAUGAUAUUAUAUAAUUGACACAUAAGUUUUAUCUAUGUCAUUUUCACUCUUUUAAUAAUUGUUUUAGAUCUCUUUAAUCAUUUGUUGAGAAAUUGAUCGAAAAUGAUGUAUGAAGUAUGAUUGGUUUCAUGUUUUUGUUUGUAAAGGGAACUUGUUGAAGAUAAGUAGGAGUAUAAUGGUUGGUUCAACUUUCUGGAAAAAAAAAUAUAUUCCGAAUAACUAUUUAUCAGAAUCUUUAAAAUAAAAAGAGAGUAUAUUAGAGAUUAUGUGAAAAUUACUCUGUAACGCGGAAAGUUGUUGUCGGUGGGGCGUGAGAACUGAGAAGCCAGGCACCAAGUAUUUUUUUCUAAAUCCAACGCAACAAGUCGUUUAUAUUGUUGACUUUUUCUUCUCUGUAUUUAAUUAGAACCUAAUCAUUUUUUUUUAUCUUUUAGUAGGAGUAUUAACAUCGCACAUGAUUAUUUAUUGUUUUUGGCGUGAAGUGCUUAAUUUUUUGCUACGCAUGUUUUAUGAUACGAUACGAUACUAUGUUAAAUGAAACAAUUUAUAAUAUUAUUUUAUUUAAAGUCUAUAUUUCGAAUCUAGUUUGUUACUAAGAUCAAUUAUUAAUCACUCCAUAAUUUAAUUUAUUUUGCAACUGAAAAAAACAAAUGAUAGCAAAGGAGAGCCUUGAAAUUGAGUGCUAUAUAUAGACAGUCGUAAAAUUUGGACAUCUGAUAUCAGAGAGAGAUUUUGACACUCUCUCUGCAGAUCUGCAGCAGCUAGCUCUUCUAAAUUGCUUAUAGAAAUUUGACGAAUUUGAUAUUUUAUCAGAAAAAGGUGUAUUCGAAUUGAAGAUGAUUAGUUUCAGAAUGCAGAUAUUCUAAUACUUGCUAUAGUUCCACUAUCUUGGGUUUAUUUUUUUUAUAUUUAGUUUUAUCGUUUUGUGGUGGAGAGAGAAGGGUUUCUGAGAAUGAACGAAUAUGGAGGAGCCGAAUUAUACCAAAUCGGAGCGGCCCGAUCGUCGUCGCCGACGAUUUCAGUGCCGAUUCAUCCUCCGCCGUCUUCCGCCGUUGGCGUCGGGGCUAAUGGUGGUUUAAAUUACAUAGUCCACACCGUGUCCAAGUACGACACACUCGCCGGCGUCGCCAUCAAAUACGGUGUCGAGGUUGGUGAUAUAAAAAGGCUAAAUGGAUUGGUGACAGAUCUUCAAAUGUUUGCCCUUAAGACAAUUCAAAUUCCGCAUCCCGGGAGGCACCCCCCUUCACCCGUCUCGUCUAAUGGUCACAAGACUCCUCCACGGCCAUGUAGUACUCAGCAGACAUUAUCAAGUUAUGGACACUCUGAUUUAUUUGAUUCAUUUUCAUCAUUGAAAUUGAAAUCGAAAUCUUCUUCAGAAACGAAAGUGUCUCUGUCCAUGAGCAGGAUGCAAUAUUAUGGUCUUAGAUCAGCAGACAUAAAAGGUGCUGGAGAAGGCUGUGAAAUGGCAAUGUACAAAAAAGGGGGAGCUCAUUAUCUUGAGGAUGGGCCACUUCUCAAAUCAUCCAUCUCCAGCCCACCACUUAGCCAUUAUAGAAAGUCAAAAAGUGCAGCUGAUUGUUUAGAUUCAGAAAAUGGCAGCCUCAUUGAUCAGGACUUUUUACAAGGACCUGAAAGUAAUGGCUCUGCUGAAUUGAUUGACAAAUUGGUAAAACGCCGCCAAAAAUCUGAGGCUGAUUUUACUUCCCGCUCUACUGAAAAGCUUCUGAAGGAGGAAAACAGCAAUGGUACUGCAGUUUCAGCUAUUACAGGCAAAGGCCUGGCUCUCAGGCCCAAGUCAUCUGGUCGUACUGUGUCACUAGGAGCUGAUGGUGAAGCAGGAGGGUUCAAACCAAUUCCUAUAGGGUUGGGGGAUGCCUUUCUAAAUGAUGAUGUUAAUGGGGUAAAGAAGUCAUCAAGUGUAUCCAGUUUGCAGGAUUCAGACAACAGUGCCUUGUCAUCCAUAUGGCCGACGUCAAAGUGGAGUUUAAAGCAAGAUUUUCAGGCUCUUUCUGCUGCAGCCAUGACUAGUCCAAUCUUCGAUGGCCUCCCUAAGCCUUCAAACUGGAGAAGCAAAGCAGCGGUCGAUUAGUUCACAUCGUUGUUCCAAUCUGUAACCACACGCUAUUAGAAUCAGUCAUUCAGUGAGAAAUAUUAAGCAAGUAAUCUGGGUAAAUCAAAGAAACAAGAAUUUUGCUACGAUCGGAUACUGUUUGAAGGUUCUGUGCUGCCUUGCAGUUAAUGCCUAGAAGAAAAUGAGCUGGAGAGUCAAAAGCUUUGAGUUCAUUUCUCAGUUGACUUAGAGAAUUUCUUAGAUUGCAUAGAUGCAUCAUGGGACAUAGGUAAAGAAUUGUAUAUUACAUUGUCAGAGGUCUGUUAUUUUUUCUCAGAGGGGAAAUGAAUUCGUUAUACAUGUAGAUUUACUCGUGGGAAACUGUUUCUUUGAAUUUGUUGCAACAUGCAUUUAUUAAUAAAUAAGUCUGGUCUGGUCUC